AUGCAUUUCCCGGCACAGAGUUGCGCCCCUAUCGUGUCGGCGGCGACGAGGAGGAUAUCACAACGCCAUACUCCGAAUGCUUCGUUGGUGAAGAUUGGCUGCGCAGAACUAAAUUGCCGGGCUAGUCGCGGCUCUUUUGUUGCUUCUGGAUGUGUUCGAUUUUUCUAG